AUGAACGCCAACGCCGGCUGGCCCAAAUCCAGAGUGGAGGCGAGCGAUGCCAGUGAGUGGGGGGAAUCUCGCUCUCUAUUUAGGCCAUCUCUGUUUCGUGCCAAAGAGCCUUGGUUGUCGCCGUCUCGUAGCCCAAAUUGUCGCAGCCUCAUCGCCCAGAUCAUGAACAGAGUUGGAGAAGAGGUUCACAACUCAAACCCUAGUUGGAGAAGAGCUUUGCGAGGGCUCACAAAAUUGGCGAUGAAGCUGGACGCUUGCUAG